AUGAAGAUGCUUCUGAUUUUUGUUUUGUUGGUUAUGGCGGCAUAUGGAGAGACUACAGUAUGCACAUGUCCUGAGGCGAAAAUCAACCACAUUUCUCCUCUCACCUUCGGUAUGACCCUUCUCUCCCCAACCUUCACCUCUCUCUACUUCAAUACCACCGCUGAAAAUAAUGAAGUUCUUAUCAAACACCCCUCGGAGCCUAUCUGGUUCGCUGACAUUGAAUAUUUCUGGGACAAUGAGUAUUACCAGGGCGGAGGUCAGCGACACUCAAAAGUGUGCUCCUACCACAUUUUCCACUAUCAUAAGGAGUUGCGGAAGAUCAAAUACAACACCACUCACCGCCCGUCAACCAUCACAUUUGGUUGCCAUUGGUAUCAAGAGUGCUGUGACUUGGGAUGUUGUACACAUGGCUUUUUGAACGUUUUUAUUUUGGUACUCCUCUACGGCGGUCUUGGCGUGAUGCUCGUCAGCUUCUGCUCCCAACUCCCCACCGAAUCCGAAGAGGACCGUCGUAUGAGAGCCCGUGCCGAGAUAGCCAUCCUCUUCCCAUGCCCAGAAGACAAUGGUCAGGAGGAAAUCCCGCUCCAAGAAAUGCCUGAACCACCGAAAUAUGAUGAUUUGUACCCAAAUGGGUGUACCUAUAAUUUGGUCACUCCAGAAAUCGUCUUGCAUCCAGCUGAUGAGGAUGAGGCGACCGUUGAGGCAUAA